AUGAGGGUCAAGGGGGGCAGGGUUACAAGGACAGGUGAGGUGACUGGAUCCCUGGGGAUGUGGAGAGACACGCCCCUACACGAAGACACAGUUGCUGGAACCCCAGAAGACGGGCUGUCUAGCAGCCUGCCCGAAUUAUAUGCAUCAGUUGAGAAUUUUAGGAAGAACAGAAAGAAUUCAAUUCUCCUAAAAACUCAUGGCAUUUCACCUAAGGAAGCACAGAAAAUACUUAGUAAAAACCUGAAUGAAAGGUCAUUCAUCAGCAAAACUAGUGUGAAAGAAGACCCCCAGUCUAUUUUCAUGUAUACAGUGGGUAAAAAAGAGGUUGAAAAGAAAGAAUCCAUAGUUGAGCUUCUCCACCGCAGCUUACUAAUGGACCCACUCCCUCCAAAACCGCCACCCUCCAAGUCCCAAAAAAGACUGGCUCAGAUUGGGAUCCCUCCUCCCAUACAUACAUUUCCUUAUAACAUUAUGGAUGAUCAUUCCAGCGCUUUCCCGAAGUCUACCAUUAUUAAGAAGAUUCAGAGCAUCAAAAUAUUAGGCUUUCCUGAUUCCAUCCAAGAGAAGAUGAUCUAUGAAGACAAAGUUCCCAGAUACGUUUCAGCAAACCCAGAAAAACAAUUCAUGGAUCUAAGGGAUCUGGAAUGGAAAUAUGUUAAGGGGCUUGCAAAAUGGAAGUGCACUACUCCAGUUUCAUUCGUGGACAUAAAAUACAACACUGAGAAGAGAUUUGUAGAGAGCCAGACUAUGCCUGGUUUUAUUUCCCCUCUGCUAGUUCGUAAGUCUUUCGUCAUUUAUCCUCAGACCAGUUUUCUUAACUGGAACAUAUAGUUUAUUAAAAAUAUCUUGGAUAUGGAGUUUUCUUUUGGGAGCAUUGAAGCACAGAGAAAGCACCCAAUACAAUAUAUGAACUGCGUCUACAUAGUAUUCACGCAAAGCCCCAAAUUAAAACAUUAACAUAGAGUAUAAGAUCCAAGUUGAUCUGCUAUUGUAAGACCUGUCCUAAUGGUUUAGAAUUGCAAAGAAAGUGUUGAUCAUAUAUUUUUGAAAAGGAUGCAUAUGAAUAACACCCAGGCAAGCAAGAAUAAGCUCAUUAUAGGUUCAAUCCCCAGAAUCCUCCCCUCCCACAA